CAAAAACGCCAAGCAACCUCCACUUCAAGCGCCGACUGAUAAAUUCCAAUCUCAGGCAUCGCUAUCCUGUUCAGCUUAUUUACUGCUCCCUAUAAAAAGCGACGCGCUUAACCCGUACAGCGCUAUAGGCCCGUUAGCCGCACCUCCGAGAGUCAAGAUGGCAGUCUAUCACAGUCCCGAGGGCAGAAAGUUCUUCGUCCCGCUCGAGAACAACCCCCAGGUCUUCACCAAUCUGGCCCACGACCUAGGUAUGGACCCCAAGCUGGCGUUUCACGAUGUCUACUCCCUCGACGAACCGGACCUCCUGGCCAUGGUGCCGCGACCAGCACAUGCCCUCAUCUUCAUUACGCCUUCUAAUGCUUACCACGCCGUCGAGGCUGAAGAUGUGGCCGCUGGCAAAAGAACACCAGCUCCUCCUGACCGGAAGACCUACUCAAUGGAGGGUUUUGACGACCUUUAUCCAACAGACGGCGCGCCCCCGGUACUCUGGUUCCCUCAGACAAUCGGCAACGCCUGCGGCAUGGUCGCUCUUGUCCACGCCCUACUCAACGGAUCCUUGCGCGAGCGCCUCGUGCCCGCGUCGCCUCUGGCAGGACUCCUCGACAAAGCUCUCGCGCUGCCCUUACCCACUCAGCGCGCGGAUCUGUUGUAUAACUCAGCCGUGCUGGAGGAAGCGCACAGCAAGGCGGCAGCCAGAGGCGAUACAGCGGCGCCCAAUGCCGAGGAUCCUAUCGGGUAUCACUUCAUGGCCUUUGUGAAAGGGAUGGACGGGAAUCUCUGGGGGUUGGAUGGAAGCUUUGGCGGGAUGAUGUGCUACGGACCUGUGAGUGAGGGAGAGGAUAUGCUAAGUAGCAAAGUCUUGGACAUUGGGGUGCGGCGUUUUAUUAACGCAGGAGAGGGGAGCGCCGAGUUUAGUAUCAUUGCGCUAUCUGAGAGGGAGGAUUAAGCUUGUCCUUGGUAUAUCGAUGAGGAUUAUCCUACUGCCGCACUGCUACUACUCUUGUUUCCUGGGGCUACUGAUGUGAUAAAAGAAUCAGAAUCACUUUGCGGAUACUCGAACUAGCAGAUAUCUCUUUACUCUUCAUUGUGAU